AUAAGUUAACAAAACAUUUAUAAUUUAUAUUUAUACAAUGCGUGAUAGAGAUAGGCGUGACAGAGAUCGUGAAAGGGAUAGAGAGCGCGAUAGGGAUAGGGAUAGGGAUAGAGAAAGGGAGCGGAAUCGCGAUAGAGAAAGAGAGCGUGAGAAGGAAAGGGAAAGAGACCGCUACCGCUCAAAAUCACCGCGCAGCAGCCGGCAUAGCUCCAAAUCGAAGAAGAAGAAAAGCAAGAAAUCCAAAAAGUAUUACAGACGCAGUAGCAGCCGGAGCUCAUCGCGUAGUUCAAGCGUCAGUACAUCCUCACGCAGUUCACGCAGCAAAUCGAGAAGUCGACAAAGCAAAAGCCGUGACUAUGAUGUUAGAAAAUCCAAAUCACGCUCCACAUCACAGCGCACAACUAGAGCGCCUAGUUCAGAGAGUAAUUCUCGCCAAGCGCCCACUCCAACUGCUGCAGCUAUCAAGCCUAUUGAUUUGCUAGAUGUCAAAGUGCAAAAGGCACUAGAUACAAUUGACGAGGACGCAUUUAAGCCGUCUACAUUUUUUAGCACUUGUGAUGAGAAGGACAAGGUUAUAAUAGAUUUGAAAAAGGAAACGGUUACUCUGCCAAAGCCUGCCGAAACGCCGGCACAAACAGAAGAUCACAUAUUUCAUCCAAAUUUCCUAGGCGAUCCCGAGCUGAAGGCAGAAAAAUGGCUGCGAAAACUUUACAAUUAUCGUCAAAAGUACAUGCAGCAGUAGUUGCCCAAUCUCCA